AGAGGAAGCGGGAGAGGAGCCCACGUCGCCUGUCACCCACAUCCGCGCCGCCGCCGGGAGGAAAGAUGUUCGCCUGCGCCAAGCUCGCCCGCACCCCCGCUCUGAUCCGAGCUGGAUCCAGAGUUGCAUAUAGACCAAUUUCUGCAUCAGUGUUAUCUCGGCCCGAGACUAGGACCGGAGAGGGUUCUACGGUAUUUAAUGGGGCCCAGAAUGGUAUGUGUCAGCUGAUCCGAAGGGAGUUUCAGACCAGUGUAAUCAGCAGAGACAUUGACACUGCUGCCAAGUUCAUUGGUGCGGGUGCUGCAACAGUAGGAGUUGCUGGGUCUGGUGCUGGUAUUGGAACAGUCUUUGGCAGCCUUAUCAUUGGUUAUGCCAGAAACCCUUCACUGAAGCAGCAGCUCUUCUCAUACGCUAUCCUGGGAUUUGCCUUGUCUGAAGCUAUGGGUCUCUUUUGUUUGAUGGUUGCUUUCUUGAUCUUGUUUGCCAUGUAACAGAAAUUACUGCCUGAAAUGUUGGCAUUCAUAGUAAUUACGGAUGUAAUUCUGUGUAUCUGACUGUGACUCCAAAAACUGUAGUGCUGGUGUCAUGGAAAUGUACGUUAUUUCCAAAGUCAUUUCAUUAAAGAUGAAAACUUUAA